GCGCGCGCCGGCGUAUCCAAGUUUACGCGACCCAUCACUACUGGACGGUAACGUUGCCCUGAAACUUCCCAAGAACGAUGACUGACUCAGUGUCAUGGAGGUUGACGCGUUAUGGAAAGUAUAUACCACGAACAGGAGAAGAAACAAGUGAACAACCGGAUAAGCUGUAUGAGUCAAAGCGGAAAGAUCCUGAAAUUGUGCUGACGAUUGUGGGCUCUGGAUAUCUGUUGAUUCUGCAAGGACAGGCGAGCUUGGAUACUUUUCACUUGACUGGGUCUUCAGAUAUUAUUAAAGUUCAACACAAAUUGGACACCCUGGUGCUCAGGUUUGCUUUGGAGGGACAGAGUUGCCUGAUAAGGAUGCAGUUUGAUGGACGUACCAGGGGAGUGGCCAUCAAGGAGUGCUCGAGUGCUGUGGGAAAACUGAAGGAGUAUCUGCCUGCCAGCUCUUUUGAUGACGCCCCAGUGCCUCUUCAUCAGCCCCCCACUGAGAUCUCCCCUCCACCAAUGCAGACAGAUUCAGACUUCACGCCCGAUCUCCUGUUGGAGUCUUCGUCCAUGCAGCGUCUCGCUCAGCACUACUUGGGAGAAGGACCUCUCAUACUGCCUCAAUUGCACCAUCAGGAGACCUCUGAUUCUGGUGAUUUAGGGCUCUUCAUCCGGCAAUGUCUGCUGGAUCCUACCUUCCAUGCAUUUGUGGAGAAGGUGGAGAAGGAGAUGAAAAAGAUCCUGCAGGAAUAAGACAGCUCUCUGCAUACUUCAAACCAAGUUACUUUUCAUGUUCAGUUGAAUGAAGAGGAUGGGAGGGUGGUUUCUUCAAGUUUGUUUUUUUAUUCAGAAAAAAAAUAUUGGUCUUAUUCAUAUGUUUGAUCUUGGCUAAGUACUCUGGUCCCUCAGUUUCCAUCUUUAAUUCAGGUCCGUUUCCAGCACACACACAUUGAUACAUCGUAUUUGAAGAGGAGUCAUGCAGCUACAGCAGUGAAUGUUGCUAUGCCAACUUCCAAGUGAUCCCACAAUAUUAAAGCUUCACUGAGUAAAACGAACUGCCCUCCAUAUAUCUAUUUAAGUUUACAUAUUGCAUAGGAUUAUAGCCAUGCUAUACAGUUAAAGAGAAACAAAAUAAAAAUCAAUCAUUGGAAUCAGGAAAUAUAAAAAAAAUAUUUUUUUUUACAGAUUUCCUAUCAUUUGAACACUCAUACUGCAACAUAUACAGGACACCUAAGUUACUCUCGUAAAGGAAAUAAAAGUAAUACAUAUCGUCUUCGUUAAGAUAAGUUAAACACACAUUUUUUGUUAAGCACGCUCAAUUAAAUUUAAAUACUGUCUGUCAGUGAAGACUGGGCUUCACAAGAAAAGUUGUUUCAAAAUUGGACUUGUCGUCACAAAAGCAAACAUGUUUAAAUGACAAUGAUAUUCUGUACAAAUUCUCAUGAAUAAAACUAAUUUACUAAAAUUUACCAUAUAUAGAUAUAUUUACAGAUAUCAAUAUAUAGAUAUAUAUGUAUAUCUAUAUAUAGAUAUAUAGAGAUACAUAAGAAGGAUGACUCCAUAGAAAAUCUUUUGGGAUGCAAAAAAAAAAAAAAAAAAAAAAAAGCCACACGAGGGAUAACAACAGAAGAUGUCUAUUCUGAGUAUCCUAUUGCGUAAUUGUUUGCAUGCGUUAUACAUGAUAUGUAAUACAAAAGGAUUUACCUCAUUUGAGGACCAUGAUAAAUCAAUAAAGACAUCAACAUCACAUUAAAAAUGUGUACACAUUUAUGGCGGUUUAGUCAUUAUUGGUCAUCCUGAAAUUGCCACAUAAGACUGCACAAGGCAUGCUUCAAACGCCCAUUUUGUUCCUCUCGUUGCCAGUGGUACGCUGAUUUUGUUUCUCAUUGAAUGAGACAAGAUAUGUUUUUUUUUCACAGAAACAGCUUGCACCUCCAUUCAAUUCUGAUACCUCCAUUUAGCCAAAAAAUACGCUGUUUCGCGGUCUCAUCUGUGAAGAAGAAAAAAACGAGAGUAGGCAUGACUUUGGAUAAUCCUCACAGCGGGUUCUAUAUUUAUCCCACAUCGGCGCCUUACUUGAGUAAAUUGCUUAUUUUUUAUUCCUCUGGCGUAUGUUCUUAUCUUUGUGGUUGUUUGUUGAAUUUGUUUUCCUGGGAGGGAAAGAAUUACGAUUAAUUGACCUCAAGGUAGACGUAAAAUUAAGCGUAUUUACUCACAUUGGGGCCACUGGUUCGUCAUCUGCAGUAGGAGGGGGGGCAUAAGGAGGAGAAAACAGAGGGCAGGCAUGAAUCACAUUCUGCUCACAUCAUAAAAACAGAUAUUUAACCACCAUCAUUUCUUCCAAUUCACAAUUAGAGCGCGUCCAAAAUAAAGGUUAUCAAGUCAAGCACUGGUGUGACACUGCCAUGCAUUGGUAAUCAGCCUCUUUAGACAUCACAGACAUGGACGUCAGCUGCUGUAUCACAGACUCGUGUGCUCUAGCUCUAUGACAGAUAUACGCGAUCGGAUGUGACACGCUACUCGCACUGUAUUGGUAAACAAUUGUGAUCACACACGGGCUGCUGCUUUACAAGAAUACACCUAUGCCGAAGGCUUUACCUCUGAGGCUUGUCAGGGGCUUCUUUUCAUUGCUUUAAAGAGGUUUGAAAAGUUAUCUUAGGGUUUUCUUUUUUGUGUUUGUUUGCUGUUGUUGAACCAGAUUUCACCGCAAUGGAAAAAAAGGGUCAAUAUUGAGCUGUUCUUGUUGUUUUUACUUUCAUCUAAUAAUAAUAAUAAUAUCAAUGACACUCACAGCAAACACGGCAUUUGUCUGUAUAAAUAUAUAACCACAGUUUGAGAGGGUACCGCUUUACUUGUACUGAUAAACAUAGUGUAGUCAAGAAAACAUUUCCCUGGUGGCGAUUAAAUUACUCAAUUCCUCUUAUUUCUGAGGUCAUGUUGAAUGCUAUUGUUCUGCAUUUUAGCUGCUUCAAUCACAAACACCAUCUGUAGUGUAAAUAUACUUUAAGUCCCUGAUAAGCUUGUAAACAGAGCAACGUGGCCAACUUGACACUGUUGAUUAGCACUGACAAUAAAAUGGUAUUCAUCUUUCCAACUAGAUCCGCUUGAAUUCCAACAUGAACCUCAUUAGCAGGCUGCAUCUCGUGGGGCUGUUGUUCAUUUCAGACUGCACACAAAUGUGGGAGGUUAUGGGCUCAAUUUAAGUAAGGUUUUAUUCACACGUGCCUCACUCAUAUGUAAAUAUGACUACCUUGACAUAAUCCAUCACAUCCUAUUGUAGAGACGAGAGUUUGCUGUGAGUGGUGACUCACUCAAGCUACAAUUUAUAGAGUCAAAUACAAAGAAAUAGACAUGACAUCUUUACAUGCCACUCUUGUUGACUUCUAGUGCUGCAACACAAUGCACUCUUACCAUAAUACCAUGUUGAAUACCUAAUGUUUCCGCACAAAAAAUAUUAACACUAGAGCUUACUCUACCUCCCACAACUACUACUACAUGCUCCAGUAUUUCUCCAACAUCAACCAAUUAAUACUGCUUCAAAAACAACUACAACUCCCACCACAUCUAAUAUGAACUGCUGAACAGUUUGCUCAUACACUUUACACGCAGUCUGUGUUCCAGCCUUUUUAAAUAUCUGCACCUAUAUCUACUUCUCCAACAAAUUCUACUGAAACCCUCGUAACUACCACAUCGAUCAAUAGCACUCUGUAAUGAGAGAAUAGCCCAUUGUUCUUAGCAGCACACAGAAUAAGACGUCACGAUGCGGCAGAAGUGUCGAGUUGGUGAGGUUGGUAAUUAACAUUGAGUGGCAGGUUAGUUUGGCUCAUCAGCUGGCAAACAGAUGAAACGUGUCCGGCCCCAGUGAGAUAUUCUCCAUGCAGUUAGACGUUUGGGAUCAGCAGCAUUAGCAGCAUUCCAUGGCAUUAAUGUGGAGCAGAUUAUGGCAGUUAGAAUGUCAGACAUAAAGCAUGGUUCUGAGGAAUCAGAGGAAAAUGUGUCAGAAUGUCCCGCUGCGUUCACACCUCUUAUGUAUUCACCACAGAGUCUGUGUUUACUAUCAGGCUUUGCAAGCACUUGACAGGAGACAGAUUUUUACUGAGAUCAGUGCAUUAACCUCGACUGCAAGUUAAACAGCUCUUCAAGUGGAAGGCUUUUUUUAUAAUAUUAUUUGUAAUUUUGUUUAACAAACGAUCACACAGUAAAAAUCUGUCAUUUCAGCAGCUGAGUUUUAACAUAGGAAAUAGAAAUGUCAGCCUGUGCCUCAGAGCGCUGGGGCUGCAGAGUAUGAAAGUGUUCAAACACAGCUAAGCCAUCAGGAGACCUGAAUUCAUAAUGCACACAGACAGGGGCCAAAACCUCAGGGAAUAUGGGAUGCUGAAAGGCGAUUUUAAAGAGGCUGCGCUUCGAGAGCCGGGAGUCCUCAUCGCUGAUUUGAAUGGCAUAAACAUGGCUAACAUAAUCCACCUUAAUCGCUUCGUUUUUCCUGUAGACGAAACCAACUAGAGGCCAUGCAAGGGGCUUACCAAAGCUGUGUGCAUGCUAGCAAGGGCGUGAGUCAAGUGGUUUUCAAGUUGUUAUUUGUAAGAUUUCUUUCUGUCUUCCUGUUAUAUUUCAUGGCUUUUUUGGAGUUGCCUUUGAAAUAUAUUUUCAUUUGUCCGCAGUGCCACCACACUUAACUGCUAUACUUUGUAUGAUUUUUAUUGGUGAUGCAUCAUAAAAUUGCUAUUCAAGAGUUUCUUAUUAUAGUAUCUUUAAUGGUAAGAAUGGAAUGGAAGCUGAACACCCUAAAACAAUUUCAUAUUGUGUUUUAAUUAUUAUUAUCAGUAGUAGUAGUAGUAUUGGUGUUGGUGUUGUUAUUAUUGACGCAUUUUUCACAUUAAAUGAUUCUAUAAAAAAACAAAAACAAAGCAGAAGCUGAUAAGACAAUGCUUCAAUGUUUUUUCAAAAUGCGCAUAAAAUAUUUGAAAUCUUAUGCAUUUGCAUUUGUUGAAUGAUUCUUGCUUUUUCUGUAUUUAUUCAGAUUAUGAUGGAUAUAUAUCUAGAUGAACUUGAAUCAAAAGUAGGUGUGUGUUGGCCAAACUUACUAUCAGCGUGGACGUGUUACUUUAUUUUGUUAAUUAGAUACCUAAACAUUUGGGGAAAAUACUAAGUAAAAAGCUUCAGACGCUUGGACUGUGCUUAUUUCUGUGUUUUUGCACGUGCUAGAAAAAAAAAAUGUAGAUGCAGAAGUUAAAGGUCGAAGAGAACACUGUGGCAGGAAAUGCCUUCAGGCUUUCGAGACAUUUCCAUCGUGUUCUAUUCUGAUCAAGCAAUUCAUACAUGCUGUGAUUCUGGUAACACACAACGCAUUAUUCAAUUUCUUAUGUGAACCACGACUGAAUUGAAGCCCUGCUCUAUUAAAAGUGACAUCAGUUUGUUGUUUAUUAAUUGAAAUUCAAUUGAAUUCAUUGAAAUAAUUGCAUAAGGUGCACAGCUAUACAAAUUUAAGCAACAAAGGCAUGAAAGAGUAAUUGGAUUAUAUUGUUGCAUAAUUCUAUUCUGUAUUUUAGAUCAAUUAUUCAUUUCUGGGGGCAACUGGCACCAAAUGUAAUUGUUGCUGCAUAAAUAAUUCCCCAAAUGUUACCUGACUGUCUAUUAUUAACAGAAUUUUCUAUGUAUGUAAAUCUGUGAAUGUCAUGAACCAUUCAAAUUAUGCAAGUAUCCAGGCUAAUGGAUGUGAAAAUGAAUGAAAGGCAGCUGGCAUCUCACUAUGUUCUUGCUGUAAUGAGACUGUCGUGUUUUAGGGGAUGAACUGGUCAAAAGAAAGAAACAUAUAAAGUGACAAGAAGAGGAAUCUGUGGAGCCAUGCAGAGUCUGUCACUUACCAACCGUUUAGAUUAUGUUGCCGUUCGGAAAGAAGGAAGGAAGAGAAUAGUGACCAUUUCAGUUAUAUGUGGACCUGCAUCGUGUUUCUAUAUAACCACAUGCGUAGACAUGUUGAUGACUGUUUACACAAGCUUGUGCCGUUUUUAAUAAUCCUGCGAUUUUUGCAUGCACCUCUUGGGCAUAUAGAGUUGAAUUUUGUAGUUAUAUGAGAAUACAAGGUGGAAUUGAUAGACUUGUGAUGAGUAGAUACUUAAAAAACUGUUAGUUUUCUUACCUUCGAUGAUGUCGUCCGGCCUCUUGCGCUUCUCGUAUACGACAAUGAUGACUACUAAGAUUAUGACCUCUGCAAGAACUCCCAGGAAUGGCCACAAGGGCGCGAGAUGACUUCGUACCCGCAGGAUCGUGAUCUCUGCUGUGGUUCCGAUAACGUUGGUGGCGUUGCAUUCAUAGUUCCCCGGAUCUGUGUUUAUGUCCAGGUUGUGUACGUUGAGCUCAGUGUAGUUGUCUCUGUUGAGGAUGAAGAAACGGCCCGUGGAGUUGUCGAUGUCCUGGAAUGUUGUACACAUUUGAAAUCAUUAUUAGAUCGUUGAUAUGUCAGCUCAAUUCCAGGCAGCAUCCUGACUUCGUGGAUUCCAUUUGUGCUGUAUAAGUAGUAGUUUCCUUUGCAUAUUCUGAACCGCCCUCAAUGUUUUGAACGUUGUUGACUCAGGUUACGCACUUUUAGUCAGUAGGAAUUAAGGGUACGCAGGAGAUCAAAUGGAACAUUUUUAUUCUAGAAAUUUUUAGAAUGGAAAUUAGAAAUUAGCAAUCCAAGCUUUCUUCAACUUGUCACAAAGUCUUUCUCAAUUAAAUUAUCAAUACUUUUGGAGUGAAAACCAUUCUGUCAAGUUUAUUGUCUGACUGUGGCAUGAUGCCCAUUGAAUCAAGGGUUGUUUUUGAAAUAAUAGGCAGUGGUAGCAAUGAUGUUGCUAAUUGUGAUGAUGGUGUGCAAUGGUUAAAAUCGGUGACUGUGAAAGAGCACUUAGUACCGUUCUCACUCAGAAUGAUAAGUAUCACGCCUUCAAGAGACUAUUUAUGUCGUUUCUCUCCAUAAAACACACUUACCGUGUAGGAAGUUCCGUCCACUUUGCGCCACGUCCAGAUGGGAUGUGGGUAACCAACAGACUUGCAGUAAAGCGUUGCAUUCUCCCCUUCGUUUUUAUUUUCACUGCGCUUGUGGCCUGUUAUGUGAGGUUUGGCUGAAGAGACAGAAGGAGGAUAAAUAGCUCAUUAUUAGCUCUGUCAGAAUCAUUUGUUUAAGACGCCACCAGAUGUGGUGGUAAUGAAGAUUGAUUAGUAUUAGUGAGUUGGUGUGUUAUUUUCUGCAGCUUAAGCACAUUUUCAGACGGAUAUUGCCAGUGUAUGCUGUCAGUAGGGUCGACUGUUGAUGGUAAGCAUUAAUGUUAAUUAAUCAAUCAAAACCCUGACCAUCAUUUGUCCAUCAACCGUUUUUCAUUUUUUUCAACAGACCAUAACGCAUAUUUGGGUCUGCUAUUCACAGAUAAAAACCCUGGUGACCUAAGUUUUCAGCACAGAAGAUACAUGGCUGCAAGACAAUCUGCUAUUUCUACCUUGAGUCAUGGAUUGUGAGAAGUUCUUUGAAUAAAAAAUGGAUGGCUACUUCACAGGAGAUCUGAUGAAGUAUGUAUCGACUUCAUUUCUUAAAAAUAAGAUCCAGCAUCCAAAUUGAUUUCUAAAGUUUUCUGACUCGUGGGAAAAUUCAAUAUUGCAAGGCUAAUUGAAUUUGUAAAAGGGGGCCUUCUCUGUAUUUCUUUUCUUCAGUUAUGAAAUCUCACUCAUCGAGUAGAUCCACAUUGAAAUACAUUUUAUUAAUCUGAGUAUUAUUUCUUGUUAAAGUUCAGAAAACGGCCGCCUUCAAAUGCUUUUUUUUUUUUUUCAUACAGUGUUGAAAGAGCAUCUAGGACUACAAAAAUGGCCGAAGCAGUGUUGUUACUUAUGUUGCAUUUAUCUCAGAAGAGGGAAGUCUGAAAAAGGAAAGAAGACACUCCAUAAAGAGUAUCGCAGGCGUUGUCCAGGCAACCGAUAGCCACUGUUAGCACGGCCCGCAUUGUAGUUUGUACAGCACGAAUAUUUAAAAUUGAAUGAUGUCAUAUGGGGGGGCGGGGGCCGAAAUGUUCUUAUUCCAAGAACAACUGGUACGCAGUAUUAUAGUACCAUGCGUCUUCAAGCUCAUGUCAUCACUUCACUUGCCGCAUUUCUUAUUAAAGUUGAUUAAUCCUAAAUGGAUUGACAUCGUUCUUUCACACGUCAUUGUACAGUUUGUUCAAGUGAAUGCUACGCCUUGCUAACACUGUCAAUAACUUUUGUUAGCAAUUUAAUUCAUAUAAAAAAGGUAAUGAGUGACACAAUUUAAAAUAAACAACGACAAGUCAAAUGAAGACGUGAUUUAUUUACUCAUGAAGCAGAAUGUUCAGAUAACUAGUGCAUAGUCAGUUGCUAGAUUGGAAAAAGAACCCUGAAGAUAAAACUUGAAAAAUAAGGUACUGUCAAAUACUUGAUGAGAAAUUGGGACUUUUUAAACCGUUGGAUGGUUAUUCUACUGCUUACUUAUAAUGAACAAAAAGGAGUGGGGAGUGUAUAUCUGGAGACUUGAAUAGGACGAAAUUAUCCAGCAGCUUCCACGCAACAAAAGAGGGAGAUUCAAAGCAAAUUGUAAAAUGUGUCAUAGACUGAUGACGCGAAACAAUAAGUGGAGGCAAAUGGAAUGAAGCUCUCCAACAGUUGCUGAAACAAUGGAGCUGAAGUGGGGCGGUCUCGUUCUGCCUUGCAAGACGUUUCCCGCUCUUCUUACUGUGAUCACUACGUCAC